CGUCGUGCUGCUCCGGGGGCCGGCCGCGGAGCCGCGGGCCGGGCCGGGCCGAGCCGAGCUGGCGGCGGCGGCGGCGGCGGCUUCUGGCGACGCGCCGCGCGAAAUUUGAUCUAAAAAGACCCGGUGCGCGGAAGCCAUGGGUUUGUCUGCGUCCUCCCCGGCUGCUGCAGGUCAGUCGCCAAAUGCAUCCAAGCAAUAUCAGACGGCGUCUCCGCCUUCAGAAUGUCCUAUGCAUCAGGAAAAAAUGAGUGGUUGUCCCAUGCACAUGAAGACUCCUGAUCAUAGAACUGAGAAUGCAGACGAUGUUCCUGCACAUCAAGAAAGAGCGUAUGAAUUCGUAGCAUGUCCAGUGAAGUCUGGUGCAUCUCAAAUGAAAGAUGACAUAGAUCCCAGCAACAUGAUGCCUCCUCCUAAUCAGCAGCCAUCCCCAGGUCAACCAUUUCCAUUGUCAACUGUUAGAGAAGAAUCUUCCAUUCCUAGAGCACAUUCUGACAAGAAAUGGGUCUACCCUUCAGAGCAAAUGUUCUGGAAUGCAAUGAUAAGAAAAGGGUGGAGGUGGAAAGAUGAUGACAUAACAGGUGAAGACAUGACCAACAUCAUUAAGAUUCACAACCAAAAUAAUGAACAAGCUUGGAAGGAGAUUUUGAAGUGGGAAGCUCUUCAUGCUGUGGAAUGUCCAUGUGGACCAUCACUGAUGCGGUUUGGAGGCAAAGCGAAGGAGUAUUCACCAAGAGCCAGAAUACGUUCAUGGAUGGGAUAUGAACUUCCCUUUGACAGACAUGAUUGGAUUGUUGACCGAUGUGGAAAAGAAGUGAGAUACGUUAUUGAUUACUAUGAUGGUGGAGCAGUAGAUAAGAACUACCAGUUCACUAUCCUUGAUGUUCGCCCUGCGUUUGACUCUCUCACGGCUGUGUGGGACAGAAUGAAGGUAGCUUGGUGGCGGUGGACUUCGUAACUACUCCUGUGGUGUGUAGUCGAAAAGUAAACCGCUUUCCUCCUAGACUAAGGAUAAGUGAAUACCAGGACUUGAAAUAGAAGUUCACUGCAGCUAUAAUUUUCAUCAUCACCACUGUUCUUUGGGGGUGGGAAGGGAGGAUGGGGAAAUCCAUUGUUAAGCACACCGAUGCUUCAUGGUGUUUUGAAUGAAAUAAUAAAGUUACAGUAGCAAAAACAUGUAUCUUAAUUCUCUUAAGAGCUGGGAAAUCUUUUCUUAUUUUGUCAGAGAUUCUGCAUAAGCUUGCAUUUCAUGACUCCAGUGCUGCACCAGAUACAUGAGGUUUCUGAUUCUGACUGGAGUUUUGAGUCUUACUUAAAUCGUGAAGACUGGAAAUUUCAUACCUGGUUUCACGUAGUUACAGUAUUUGGAUACUUAGAUGAUGAAUAAAGGGUGAAAGAUCUGUAUUGUUUAAAACUGCAUGUUUUCUUAACUAUAUAAACCCAUGUAUUUGUUUUCAUAUGGGCACUUUACCUGUUCAAAUACAUGCUUCCUCAGAAGACUUUAGUAAAGUUUAUUCUGUUGAAGGAAGUAUAGCGUAGUAUGACUGUUUUUAAAGGUAUGGUAAGUUGAAAGGAGAAUAUACUCAUGCCUUAAUCUGCAAUUUAUCUUUGAACAGAAGAACAUCUGUUAGAAGGAAAUGAGUGUCAGUUACUUUUAAAACAACAUUUCUAAAAGGAGAUAAAAUUGGUAUUUAAUGGCUAUUUAUUUAAGUAUUGAAAAGGUUUGUUUUCUGAUGUAAGAAAACUGUAUUCUUCUAGUAUUUUCAUGUCUUUAAUGUGUGUCUCGUGUAAUGCAUUCAGGACAGAAUUAAGCCUUACUUAAAGAAACUGUCAUGCAGUGCAUCUGUAUUUUGUAUCUUGGCUUCAUCAACUGUACCAUAGCAUGUUAUUUUUAUAUCAUAGGGAAUCGCACAAGAGUGUAUGACUGAACAGUCAUACACAUUUCUGCAUGGUGGUUAUAGUGAGACAUAUUACAGGUGUGUAUAUAACUUGGCUAAAAGGAUAUCAAAAGUGCCAAGAAAUAAGGCUGAUUUGAGCGUUAAGAGUGAUGCAUGUUAAUGUUGUGUGGCUUAAAGGUUUGAUUAAUGUUUGUGCUUAAUAAGGGAAACUAACUUUUUUUUUUAAGUCUUCCACUGUAAUAGCUUGAAAUUUGCAUGGCUUGGUAAAUUUCAGGUGCCAUAUACCCCUAAAUUUAAAUUAUUCCUCCGUUUUAGCAUAUAUUACUCUUGAGAAUGAGUCCUCCAUGCAAAGGGAGGGAAUGGAAGGAGUAAGAGAGUAUCUUACUGUAGCUUCUCAAAUGGGAAAAGCUUUCUUCAUUUAACUUCACAACCUUAACCAGAAACCAGCUGUACAUUCAUUUUCUGAAAGUGGUUAUUUUUAACUGACAUUGGAAGGUGGUGGUUUUUUGUGGUUUGUUUGUUUGGGUUUUUUUCCUGAGGAGAAAGCCCCAUGAUGUUUCAGUCACGUAACUUCCCAUUUUGGAAAAAAUUAUUCAGGGAAGCUUCCAUACUUUAAGGUACUAAUGGAGAUGGAUGGUUCCCACUUCAGAGGCAACUGUACUGCAUGGUAGGAAUAAAUAUUACCCGGAAGUCCAGAAUCCUAAGAGAAAAUGACGCUCUUACCCCAUCCACUUUCCUCAUUCCUUUUUCACCUUUUUAGUGAUUCCUAUAUAUAUAAAAAUGAAAAACACUUUGGGGCAAACCCCCCCCCCCCUCCAUCUGGGUAGGCAAUGUAUAUAUGAGAGAUGGGAGAAGCGUGUGAGCUUGUAUGAAGCAUAUCUGAUAAUGAAAGAGCUGCUCCUCUCUGUUCUAACAGUAAAGACUGAGGCUUACUGCUUUUUGGGGUGGGGUUUUUUGUUUGGUUCAUUUAUGUGUACGUUUGGUAACUUGAUAUACGCAGAAUUCUGCAUUUCUCAGAACUAAAUAUGGAAAAGGUACACCAAUGUAGGGAGUGCUUCAGAAGCUUCAAAAGAACGAGUUUGCUUUGUUGAUUUUGGAAGCAUGAUAUUGAGUGCAUUAUGGAAAUUGUAAUUGCUGCUAAAUCUGGUGAAAGGUGUCACAUGCCAUUUCAUGUGUUUACUGUCUUCUGUUAUGUUCCAUCUCACAUAGGUUCAAAAUUGUUCUUUUCUGUGCUACUGUUAAUGAGAUGUACUUUGUCAUCAAACAAAAAGGAGAACCAAAUAAAUAUACUUUUCUUAA